AGUGUGAUAGUAAGUGGUAUGAUAGGAAGAACAGGUCUGGAGGCGGGCCUGUUUGAGGAGGAGCAGGAAGUGGCAGGAGCCCAGCUUGAUCCGAGCCUAUAUGGGAUUGAGUUCAGGUGUGAGUCCUUUGCAAUACCUGCAGCAAAACCCUGGUCUCUGUUCUGACUACAGCUGUUUGUCUGAGAAAAAAUGGCUCAAAACACUGAUGAAGAUGAAUACUACCCCUUCCUAUCACAUCAGUACAAUAGAUGUAUCUGGAAAUAAUGGCUCUACAUAUAUUGAUGAGUAUGCUGAGCUGAGAAAGUCUCUCCACAUCAUGUCUCUUGUUAUUUACUGCCUGGCCUUUGUUCUUGGUGUGCUCGGGAAUGGAGUGGUUAUCUGGGUGACCGGCUUCAAGAUGAAGAAAACAGUUAACACAGUUUGGUUCCUCAACCUCGCCGUGGCCGACUUCCUCUUCACAGCGUUUCUGCCCCUGAGUGUGACCUACACAGCUUUGGAUUUCCACUGGCCUUUUGGCAAGUUCAUGUGCAAACUGAACAGCACAAUAAGCUUUCUGAACAUCUUUGCCAGUGUCUACAUUCUGGUGGUGAUCAGUGUGGACAGAUGUGUGUCUGUGGUGUGGCCCAUCUGGGCCCAGAACCACCGAAGUGUACGCAAGGCAUCCUGUGUGAGUCUGGGUGUGUGGGUGCUGGCUCUGAUUCUCAGCACUCCAUACUUCGUCUUCAGGGACACUGGGCCAUCAUAUUUCAAUGAAGACGUCAUCAACUGCUUCAACAACUUUGCUCUUUCUGAUGACUACGAAACUCCAUCUGUGAAUCAGCUGCGACAGUUUCGUCAUCAGGCCAUGACCAUCACCCGCUUCCUGCUGGGAUUUGUUGUCCCCUUCACCGUCAUUGUCUCCUGUUAUGCUGUGAUAAUCCAUCGCAUCAGAAGAAACCGCACUCUGGCCAGCCACUCAAGUCGCCCCUUUAAGAUCAUCGCUGCAGUUAUCACUAUUUUCUUCCUGUGCUGGGCUCCUUAUCACAUCAUGACUUUAAUAGAGAUGGUGAAUUUCCUACCGGCUUAUCGAAGUGUAACAUUAAACCAUGUCACCACUAUUGGAAUCCCUAUAAGCAGCGGCUUGGCCUUUCUCAACAGUUGCCUGAACCCACUGCUGUACGUGUUCAUGGGCCAAGAUUUCAAGGAUAAAGUCUGCAAAUCCAUCCUGAAUGUUUUGGAGACUGCCUUCCAGGAAGAGGAUUCUGGCUCUCACACUGGCACACAGUCUCUGGACACCCAUCAGCGCAAAGAGAUAAUAGUUAAUACUGAAGUAUAAGGUUUCCCAUGAUAUGAAGAAACCAAUUCUGAAACUGUACAUGGCAAAUAAUCUUGACACAAAUAUAAAUGUAUAUAUCAAAUUACUUUUUUUGCUUUUUUAGAACCCUCAAGACGAGUUGUAAAGAUGCCUUCAGUCUGUACCAUAAUGGAGCGAAAGGGGAUUUCUUGUACAAAAGAACCCAGCAGUGGUUUCACAAUAGGUGUUAUGAUAUUUCGUACCAUUUGACCAUUUCCUUGCCCGUGUGAGACAAAAAAAGAGAACAUGCAAACAAGUCCAAGUUGCUUUUAUCUCCACCAUUUUAGAGUGUAGCUAUUCUAUUUUUAAAUGUUGCUAAUUUGGCCUGUAUGAUUAUUGUUGCCGGACAAAUUACCCAUAAAUGUUUAUUUAUUGUAGUGUAUUGAGCACCUGGAUGCCAUCGAUGUACUUGUUGCUUUCCCUGUACUGACUGCUGGCUUGAUUAACAUUUGUAUUUAUUGAAUUACUGUUAGGACAGGCUAAUAUAGUUGAAUCAAAAAUUAUGACUUAACUGUCAGACAACACAGAACCAAAGAAAAAUGAAAUGGUCACUGAUUCAAUAUGUGGGUAUGAAUAUUGUGAUGUAGCAACCUGUUUUUAAAAGCUUAAUGUAUUUGAUUAGAUGUUUAUUUGAAUAAAAAAUGAUUGUUUUUGUAAUUUCUCUUGCUAUUACGAUUUUCUAUUGUUAAAAUAUGAUUUGCACUUCACUGUUUUCCCCCUGUGAUGUCUAAUCACAACAUUUUUAUAAAAGAUUCUGCUUUGAAUCAGGAUAUACUUUUUGUUGUUGAUAGUCUUUCUAUUAUUACAGACUUGCUUCAUUGUAUUAAUUGACCAGCAGAGGGAACUGUUAUACAUAUUUAAGUGGAGGCCUGGGUCAAAAGGAGUUCUCCACACAACAUCCAGUAAUGUGCUGCAGAGUCAGAUGCUUCUCAGACCAAGGACAGCAAACUUCAGAGAGAAAUAAAGACUGCAGCACAAAAAUGGAUUUUUCACCUUCAAUUGUGCAAACUGAUUUGUUGCACAGUUAUAGAUAUUGUUAAUGAUCUCAAUUGGGUAAAUGUUAUGAUGCAUUUGUUUAUUUUAUUCGUGAAAUAGUUUGUACACAACCUCCCCAGUCAUUUGUGAUUAUGUAAUAUAUAAUACUAGCUUCCACAUCAUUAUGUAUUAUUCUGAUAAUUCAGGCAGCACUUAUGAUACAUGUGUACAUUUUUUAGCAUAAUAGUUUGGAUGUAAACA